ACGCUUAAUAUGAAGCUACUGCUUUUGCUAUCGUUGAUCGUUCUGGUCUCGGGAGACGAGGCUCUCGUCGCCGAGAGAGCAGCCGAGGGUAAUGACGUGUCCCCGCAAGUGAGUGCCGUUCUUCAGGCUCAACCGAGCGCCCAGGAAGUCGUAGGGGAAAAGAAACUAGGAAAGAGAAGCUAUGGUUUGCUUCCCGUGGCUUACGUAGACACUUACACUCCCGUGUUGCCGUGGUAUCGAUUCGGCGGAUUAAGUAGCCACGGAUUGUAUGGCGGUUGGUAUCCGGGCUGGCCGUUGUUGUACAACGGUUGGCACGGUGGUUGGUACAAAGGGUGGUAAAUUUCGAGAAUUGCAAGCGCACGAUCCUCUCCUAGCUGUUGCUAGAAAGAAGAAGUACGCGGAUCGUGCGUCCUGACACUCUUUUUUCAUAUUCUAUAAUCCACCAAUGUCGUAGCUCACGUUAUCGUGACUCGUAUCGUUCAUAUCAUUAGAUAAUAUGUACUCGAGUAAGCGACGUGGCGAAGUACGUUUACACUUAUGUUAAGCUUGCAGAUUUCGCGAUAAUUAUGAAGGUUUUAUAUUCAUUGUGCCAAAAUCGUGCACGUCGAUUAAUGUAUCGUCGAUUAAUUUCAUGU